GAGCUGUCACAUGAGCGCGUUAUCCAAUGAAGACCUCUCUAACGCUCUGAUCCGGCGCGGAGGAAGACGCUCAGACGCCGAGGAGGACCUCAGACCUGUUAGAUCCGCUCCUGAAGUUUGUGAAGGGCUGAAAGCACCGGAGCUGAAUGAUAAAGACGCGGCCGGCGCACGCUGGACGCGCGGGUUAACGAUACAGACAGAACAGACGCGCCGAGCAAUCUCCAGCAAUAUACAUUUUCUUUUCAAUUUUCCAAUCAGCAUCGCAUUCCUUUGAUACUUUCACACAGCCUUCGUUUCAUUUGAUCCCUGGCCGAUUACUCUAAGGUAUUUUAUAGGCGCGCCUUAUUUUAUGUGAUAAAGGAGUUAACGCGAUGUUUAGGCGGCUAUGAUAUCAGCCGUGAUGUGGCCGGAAUGCACGCGCACAAAUACGCUCUUGAAUAGAGUUUAAUAACGCCGGACAUCUCUAGGGCGCUUUUUCGACGACAAUCAUUUUUCUUUUAAUUUUUUGUUUUGUUUGGUCAAACGAGCGUCUAACGGAAGCGCGUGCUCUGUCGCUCAGUCUCAGGCGCGUCUGUGAGGGAGAUGGACUUCACGGCGGACGAGGAGCUGGAGGAGUUGUGUCCGGUGUGUGGAGAUAAAGUGUCCGGGUACCACUACGGCCUCCUUACCUGCGAAAGCUGCAAGGGUUUUUUCAAGAGGACGGUGCAGAAUAACAAGAGAUACACGUGCACACAGAACCAGGACUGUGGCAUUGACAAAACCCAGAGGAAGAGAUGCCCCUUCUGUCGCUUCCAGAAGUGCCUCAGCGUCGGCAUGAGACUCGAGGCUGUCCGUGCGGAUCGAAUGAGAGGAGGCAGGAACAAGUUCGGUCCCAUGUACAAGCGGGACCGUGCCCUGAAACAGCAGAAGAGAGCUUUAAUCAGAGCCAGCGGCUUUAAAAUAGAGGCCAACCCGUCCCUCCUGUCCAGCAGCCAGACCGAGUACACGCUUCCCGGAUCGCUCUCAGGUCUCCAUCCCACUUCCCUGUCCUCUCCGGAGUACGACUGCCCUCCUCUCUGCCCCCCGGCCCUGGGUGUAGCGCUGCAGAGCUACGGCUCGUUCCCGGCUCAGUACCAGUACACGGCUCCCUCCUUACCCAGCAGAUCGAUCAAAGCAGAGUACCCAGACGUGUACUCCAGUUCCCCAGACUCCUCACUGGGGUACCCUUACCCCGACGGCUGCAUGCCCGCGUCUCCACACACCAGCCCCAUGAACCCCGGCUUGCCCCCGCUGGUGCUCGAGCUGGUCAGCUGCGAUCCGGAUGAGGAGCAGGUGAGAGGCAAGAUCUGUGCGUACCUUCACCAGGAGCAAAGCGGCAAGGGGAAGCUGGACAAGCCUCGGCCCUUCAGCCUGCUGUGUGUCAUGGCAGAUCAGACAUUGUUCUCAAUAGUCGAGUGGGCAAGAAGCUGUGUCUUCUUCAAGGAACUAAAGGUAGGAGAUCAGAUGCGACUGCUGCAUAACUGCUGGAGCGAGCUGCUGCUUCUCGAUCACAUCUGCAGACAGGUGCAUCAUGGGAGAGAGAACAGCCUGCUGCUCAUUACUGGACAGGAGGUGGAUCUGUCGGCUGUGUCUGACGCAGGACCUCCUCUGGCCAGCAUGGUUCAGAGAGGACAGGAGCUGGCCAGGAGACUGCAGCUGCUGCAGGUGGACAGACGAGAGAUGGCCUGUCUCAAGUUUCUCAUCCUCUUCAACCCCAAUGUGAAGCUCCUGGAGAACCAGCAGUACGUGGAGAGCGUUCAGGAGCAGGUGAACAGCGCUCUGCUGGAGUACACGCUCUACUCUUACCCUCAGUGUCUGGACCGCUUCAGUCAGCUGAUCCUGCGGCUGCCCGAGGUCCGGUCUCUCAGCGCGCAGGCCGAGGACUUCCUGUGCUACAAGCACCUGUGCGGAGAAGUGCCCUGCAACAACCUGCUCAUAGAAAUGCUUCACUCCAAGAGGUCCACCGCCGUCUGAAAGCGAGGCCGCUUCGAGAGUUUAAGCCAUACGCGCGACAUAGCUGGUGAACAGUUUUCCAAAGGCAAUUCUUUCUUAUGUGAUGAAUGUACAGGAUUUUUUUUUCAUUUGUAUUCUUUUAAAAUCAUUCGAGCAUGACAAUCAUUGUCGGACGCGGAGGUGUUUUUAUAGUGUUUCCUUCUUCGUGCCGUUAAUCUCUUAGUCUGAGAGUGACGCUUUACGUAUCUCCGUUAUUUUACCUUAACGCUCCUGUGCUUUUGAAUGGACGACGAUGAGUAUUGUGAUUUUCUUUCGAAUACGUUUAAGUUGGUAUUUCAAAAAAAAAAAUAACAUUCCAAAAGGGCCUGUCCAAAAAUGAAUCGAAUGAGACAAAAGAAGGUAUUUAUUGAAACAAUGUAAUUAACAGUAUCAGUUAAACUAUUUAAAGCACAUUUUUACAUAGAUUACACAUUUAUUUGUCUUUCCAUUUAACUGAAAAAAAAUUGGUUGCAAUAAAAUAAAAUAAACGACACGGAGUUGUUUGAGGACUGUGUGUGUGUGUGUGUGCGGCUAAAAGCAAUCUUACUGUGAAUGGGUCUGUUUCUAAAGACAGACAUGCUGCUCCGCUCUGAGUGUCUCUUCAGCGUGCCAAUAAAAAGAGGUUAUGGGAAGGUCAGAAAACAUUCACACAUGUUGCCACCUUUGUGCGCGGAUAAAGAGAGAGUGCUUCUUUUGAAAUCCAUUCGAACCAAUUAUUUUUCUAUUCAGUUUUAUUCUAAUCAACUGUAUCAUUUGGAAAAAUAAAAAUAAAAUUAAAAAAUCA